ACAGGAGCGGAGGAAGGGGCAGGGAUACAAAAAGACAGAGAACAGUGAAGGAGUUUCGCUGAGCGCCGUGCCUUUGUUUCAAUUGAUAAGGCGAUUAUCGACCGGCAGUCCCGUCCACGCGUCCUAGAGCCGGGUCCGCUGAGAGAGCCGCCGCUUCGGGACCGGGUUCGUGAACGCGUUCGGGAAAGCCACAGGAGGCGAUGAAGAGGGAGGUGAAUGCGGCUGUGGACUUCCUGCUCCGGCUGGUCCAGGAGCGGGGGCGCGUGGAACAGAGCCGGGCCCGCCGGUUCGCGGACGAGCUGCGCGGCAUCCUGUCUGAGCGGUUCUCCCAGCACUGGUACCCGGCCAAUCCCAGCCGGGGGCAGGCCUUCAGGUGUAUCCGCAUCAACGCCCUGGCGCCCUGCGACGAAGCUCUGAGCCGCGCCUGCCGGGCCAGCGGGCUGCAGCUGUCCGAGCUGGGCCUGCCCCCCGAGAUCACCCUCUGGAUCGACCCCUUCGAGGUCUGCGCCAGGUCGAGAGAGCGCUGCCACCCCUUCAUCGUGGCCAGCUUCCGCCAGGAGGAGGAGGAGGAGGAGGAGGAGGAGGAGGAAGAGGAAGAGGCGCCCCCCGUUCCGGGGCAUGAGGAGGAGGAAGAGGCGCCUCCCGUCCCGGAGCCUGGCUCAGAAUCCCGGGUUCAGGACACCUCGGACUACCACUCUGCCAGCUCCUCGGACUGCAGCUCCGAGACCUUCAGUGAGAGCGAGGAGGAGGAGGAAGGGAGGAAGAGCGAGAGAGAGCCAGGAGCAGAGAAGAGGGAUAAGGGGGGCAUCGUCAUGGUGCCCCGCCCCAGGGAGCUGAACAAGCACCCCAGAACACAGGCCCCCCAACUCCAGUACUUCUACCAGCCAGCCCCUGUGUGGCCCCAGCUCAAGAAGAGGAGGGCGGCCAUGUUCCUCACCCCUGUCUACCCGGCCCCUGUCCUGGGGUACUACGUCCUGACCAAGCAGACACCCCAACCUCAGUUCAUCCUCCCCCAGGCCUCCCUCCAGCACUGGGGUGCAGCCAAGGGAUAGCCCCCCCUGGGUGGGGUCCCGCAGCACGGACAGUAAGGGAUCCCAGAAUCCAAAAUUCCUCCUCCAGCUUAUCCUCCGUGUGUCUCUCGCGCGGGAGCCACCACUGAGCAACUGGUAACGCUCUCCCUGUGCCAGGCUGCUUAAUUUUACACUAUUUUAAUAAAACAAAUCUCUUCUCGCGGCUGGAGCAAUCGCCUUCACCUGUCCGCCUUCUGCAAAACACUGCUACCUCCUGAGCGGCCGUUCAAGCGCUCCCUGUAUCGCCAGUUUUCUUUUUAAAGACAUACAACUUUUAUAUUUUUAUUAUUGCGCCGUUGGAUCGCGUGCAAAUGGAAGGGGGGGGGGGCACCUCGUCCUCCGCCUCCCAGCACGCUCCAUGCUUUUGUUUUUAAUCUUCUCGCUCGCACGAACCGAAGCGCCCCGCCUAGACCGGAACUGGUUUGUGAAAAGCGUCACUUCCGGUGUGUGCAAACCGCAAUGGUGCCUUGACAUUCACCCCACAGUCGCGAGGUGGUGCUAAUGCGUUAGUCUUUUCAGUUUUAUGCUUUUAGAGAAUUUUGCUCUGUAGAAAAAAAGAAAUCGGCUAUUUGCACUCGAUCAGGGAAGCUUGAAUGUCACCGUGAUAUUUAAAUGUCCUGCACGUAGAAUUUACAUUUCUGCUGUAUGAUUUUUUUUAUUAACCUAUCAUUUUAUUACUGUUUUAUACUGAAUUAUUUUCUAUUUAU